UUUGCAAGGGCCAGAUCCGUCUUCCUUUUUUAAAAGUCAAGCUUCUGAGAAAGUCAUUUAUAUUCACAGUGAUUCUCCUUUCAAAUCGAGUCUUUGAAUGGGGUGUUUGGAGUUGUGGAUCAUAGGGGCUGUGCCGGAAGAGGCUGCGGGUCCUUGACAGGACUCCUGGAGCACACGUGGGUGGAGGGGACAUCCUCGAGUGGAUCCCAGCCUGAUGGAUGUCUGGUGUGGAUAAUGAGGGAAGAACGUGCCUUUUACACCCAAGAGGUGACCCCGGAGUGCGCCCCGGAUGACCCCACGACUCGGAACAAUGCGGCUAGCCUGCAUGUUCUCGUCCAUCUUGCUGUUUGGAGCUGCGGGCCUGCUUCUCUUCAUCAGCCUGCAGGACCCUAUAGAGCUCAGCCCCCAGCAGUUUCCAGGUAUAAAGUUCAGCAUCAGGCCCCAGCAUCCCCAGCAUGAUAGCCACUUGAGGAUACCCACAGAAAGGGUCACACGAGAUUCACCCAGCGGGUCCCCAAGAGGCCUCCAACUGCAGGCGCCUGACCAGCCUCGACCUCACCCGAAGGCGGCGGGGUCUCCUUUGCGACUCCGGCAGCGCAGGCGGAGACUGCUCAUCAAAAAGAUGCCAGCUGCAGGGACCAUGCGAGGCAACAACUCGUCCGAAACCCAGCCGAGACCCCGCACCGUGGACAGUCGUUGGCUCAGCCUGCACCAGACCCAGCAGGAACGCAAGCGUCUGAUGCAAGAAGCCUGCGCCAAGUACAGGGCCAGCAGCAGCCGCAGAGCUGUCACUCCCCGCCAUGUCUCCCGCAUCUUCGUGGAGGACCGCCACCGCGUGCUGUACUGUGAGGUCCCCAAGGCAGGCUGCUCCAACUGGAAGCGGGUGCUGAUGGUGCUGGCGGGGUUAGCCUCAUCCACUGCGGAUAUCCAACACAACACCGUCCACUAUGGCAGCGCCCUCAAGCGCCUGGAUACUUUCGACCGGCAGGGCAUCGUGCACCGGCUCAGUACCUACACCAAGAUGCUCUUUGUCCGGGAACCCUUUGAGCGGCUGGUCUCUGCUUUCCGAGACAAGUUUGAGCAUCCCAACAGCUACUAUCAUCCUGUGUUUGGUAAGGCUAUCCUGGCCCGGUACCGCGCCAACGCCUCGCGGGAGGCACUGCGGACUGGCUCUGGUGUGCAGUUCCCCGAGUUCGUCCAGUACCUACUGGAUGUCCACCGGCCCGUGGGCAUGGACAUCCACUGGGACCAUGUUAGCCGUCUGUGCAGCCCCUGCCUCAUCGACUAUGACUUCGUGGGCAAGUUCGAGAGCAUGGAGGACGACGCCAACUUCUUCCUGCGUCUCAUCCACGCGCCAGGGAACCUGACAUUCCCGAGGUUCAAGGACAGGCACUCCGAGGAGGCGCGGACCACAUCGAGAAUCACCCAUCAGUACUUCGCUCAGCUCUCCUCGCUGCAGCGACAGCGAACCUACGACUUCUACUACAUGGAUUACCUGAUGUUCAACUACUCUAAGCCUUUCUCGGACCUGUACUGAGGGCGGGGCCUGCUGGUCAGGGGCGGGGUCUGAAGGUCAUGCCCACUCGCCUGUGCAUUGGCAGGCCAGUUCUACUACAGGGAUCUGAGGAUGUAAGGCCUUGUGGCUGUGGGCCUGGGUGGGCCACAGAGGCCCAGACAAUGGACCGUGACCCUUGUCCCACACCCGUUUCCUCAUUGGGUUGGCUGAGCUUGCUACUCAGGGCUCAGAUGGAUGCUCUAAGAACUCAGUUGAGUUAUGCUGACCAGGGAAGCCUGAGGCCCAGAAGAGGGCCCCAGCGGUAAGGGAUGUCCUACAUCCCCCUAUCCUUUGCCUUGUACCAAACAAACCACGUGGUUUGCUGCUUUUCUAUGACCCAGGGGGAGGUCUGAAUAAAGCACAUGGUUUUCAGAGCA